AUGUCUGAAGUAGGAACGUUCCGCAACCUCUCACUCGAGCGACACGGCAAUGUGUUCGUCAUCACCAUGCAAAAGCCACCGGAGAACCGGUUGAACACCUGGUACUGCCAGGAGAUCAUUCGUGCAUUCCGGACCGUAGAGAAAAUACUUGGUCCGGACAGUGAAGGAGCAGUUAUCACGCGCGGAAGCGAUGCGAAGUUCUGGUGUACAGGCCUGGAACUCGAUGAAUCAGACAAAAACCCAUUCGCUAACUCUGAUGGCUUCUACCCGCUCGUCCACACUGUCCUGGACUUCCCAUUCCCCACGAUUGCCCUGUUAACAGGUCACACCUUCGGCGGAGCAUGUCCAUUCGCUCUUGCGCACGAUUACCGAAUUAUGAACGCCAAACGCGGCUUUCUCUCCAUGCCCCCUGUCAACCUAGGUCUCCAUUUCGACGGGAUCGGGUCGCUUCCGCGUUUGAAGCUGCGACCUGAUAUUGCAUCCAAGAUGCUACUUGAGGCGCAUCGGUGGACCGGGAAGGAGGCGCUACAGGAUGGCAUUGUCCAAGCUGUUGCGGAGCCGGAGCAGAUGCUGGAUGCCGCGCUGGAGAUGGGCAGGAAGUGGGCUCCAAAAGCGAAGAUGGGGGUGUAUGCAGCAUUGAGGGCGGAGCUUUGGGGUGAGGCCAUUGAAAAGUUCCAGCGGAUUAGCUAUGUCCAUGGAAGACACACAUCUGCACCGGCGAAGGCGAAGAUCUAG